AUGGUGUCCUCGGCCAUCCAGCGGGACGGCUUCCGCCUGAAGACGCUGCUCGAAGAGAGGCUGGCUGCGCGCGAUCCCAUCACCAUCAUGCAGGCCACCCCGGCUUCGUGGCGCAUGCUGUGGUACGUGGCCGCCCGCCCGCCCGCACUCCUCGCGGUUGCGGCGGGCUGGCAGGGCGAUGCGGAGCACCUGCGGAUCUGGUGCGGCGGCGAGGCCAUGACGUGCGACCUCGCGCGGCAGCUCCUGCCGCGUUGCGCCGCCCUGUGGAACAUGUACGGCCCCACGGAGACCACCGUGUGGGCCUCCGCCCUCCGCGUCACUCUCGAACACACCCAGGGCUCCUCCAUCCCCGUAGGCGGUAAGGAGCACAACAGCCAGUUCUUCCUCUUGGACGCCUACCGACAACUGGUGCCUGCGGGUGUGCUGGGCGAAUUGUACAUAGCCGGCGAUGGGGUGGGUUCGUACGUCGACCCCGAGAUGACGGAACGGUCAUUUGUAGAUAAUCCAUUCAAGCUCAAAUAUUUGCCGCACUCGAGCGACAAGAUGUUCCGAGUCGGCGACGUGCUGCGCUACAAGGACGGCGACGACAACACGCUCGAAUUUUUGGGGCGGGUCGACCACCAGGUCAAGAUCCGGGGCUAUAGGAUCGAGCUCGAGGAGAUCAUGAACUGCGUCUACCAGCACCGCAGCGUCAAGGAGUGCCUCGUGGUGGCCAGGGAGCCGGACUACGCCGGCGGCGAGAAGUACCUGGUGGCCUACAUCAUCAUGGAGAGCAGCGUAGUCGGCGAUGACGUCAGCAGCGCCGGUGGUGGUGACGUCAGCAGCAACCACCACGAGGCCAAGGCGCGGAUG